AUGCCGCUUUAACUGCUGCUCUAUCAUUGUAUGGUCUCAAACUUCAAUGGCUGCUGCGAAGAUAGGAAUCGGCGCGGGACUCGGCCUUCCCACCCGCCGAUUCUCAAUGGCCACACUCUCCUCCACCUCCCCCCAUCAACCUCACCCCGUCGUCUUCCUCAACCCUUGCUCGUCUUCGUCCGCUCGACGCCCUGACUCGCUUCGAACUCGUCCUUCCCUCUCCAGACUCCGAGCCUCCUCCGCCGACGCGCCUAGCUCCCCAGGCCAUGAUGUCGAGAAUGUUGUCAUUAUAGGUUCAGGCCCUGCAGGAUACACAGCAGCAAUAUAUGCAGCUCGUGCCAAUUUAAAACCCCUAGUCUUUGAAGGUUACCAAGUAGGUGGCGUUCCUGGCGGGCAGUUGAUGACCACCACUGAAGUGGAGAACUUUCCAGGAUUUCCAGAUGGGAUAACUGGUCCCGAUCUGAUGGACAAGAUGCGACGGCAAGCUGAGCGUUGGGGAGCAGAAUUGUUCCAAGAAGACGUUGAAGUUCUUGACGUUAAAAAUAGUCCUUUCACAGUCCAAAGCAGUGAACGUAAGGUCAAGUGCCACACAGUCAUAUUUGCUACUGGAGCUACUGCAAAGAGACUCAGGCUACCCCGAGAAGAUGAAUUUUGGAGUAGAGGAAUCAGUGCCUGUGCAAUCUGUGAUGGAGCCUCUCCUCUUUUUAAGGGUCAGGUCCUUGCUGUGGUAGGAGGGGGAGAUACAGCUACAGAAGAAGCAAUAUACUUGACUAAAUAUGGUCGUCAUGUGCACUUACUUGUGCGUAAGGCCCAACUAAAGGCUUCCAAAGCUAUGCAAGAUAGAGUGUUCAACAAUCCCAAUGUCACUGUGCACUUCAAUACAGAGACUGUGGAUGUCGUGAGCAAUCCAAAAGGUCAUAUGUCUGGAAUUCUAAUUCGAAAUAUGGAUACUGGGGAGGAGUCUGUGCUUGAUGCAAAAGGGCUAUUUUAUGGUAUUGGUCAUUCACCAAACAGCCAACUACUGGAAGGGCAAGUGGCACUUGACCACUCUGGCUACAUCUUAGUUAAAGAGGGUACUGCAAAAACUUCAGUUGAAGGUGUAUUUGCAGCCGGAGAUGUGCAGGAUCACGAAUGGAGACAAGCAGUAACAGCUGCUGGUUCUGGGUGCAUUGCUGCAUUAGCAGCUGAGAGAUAUCUUGUCAGCAAUGAUCUUCUUGUGGAGUUCCAUCAGCCUGCAUCUGAGGAGGUUAAGAAGGAAUUAACAGACAGGGAUGUUCAAGAGGGUUUUGAUAUCACAAUGACAAAGCAUAAAGGGCAGUAUGCUCUUCGAAAAUUGUACCAUGAAAGUCCGCGGCUUAUAUGUGUAAUAUAUACGGCACCAACAUGUGGCCCAUGUAGGACUCUGAAGCCAAUUCUUAGUAAGGUUAUUGACGAAUUUGAUCAGAAUAUACAUUUCGUUGAAAUUGAUAUAGAGGAAGAUCCAGAAAUAGCUGAAGCAGCUGGAAUCAUGGGAACACCAUGUGUGCAGUUUUUCAAAAACAAGGAGAUGCUUAGGACUGUGUCUGGAGUGAAAAUGAAGAGUGAGUACAGAGAAUUCAUCGAAGCAAAUAAAUAAUAGUUCAGACAUUCAAGAGAGAGGAGGAGGAUUGAUAGACACAUGCCCUCAUUUGGUGAUUCAUUUUUGUUUUCCAAACUGGUCAAGUGGAAAAUACUGUCAAUUUUGACAAUUGUUCCUUGAUCUAAUGAGCAACUUCACAGACUGUACAUGUAGAGCUUCGAACACUUCAUUACAGGUUUUUGACUGUUCAGUGUAUUUAAACUUGAACUGUGCAAGUCUCGAUUAUGAUCUCAGUGACAGUAUUAUGGCGAUUGGAUUGACUUUUAUUCAAGCAAGAAUACUAAUUUCAGAUUUUAUCA